AUGGAGAAAAAGUAUAUCUCAGAUGUCGAACGUGCGACGAGUGUUUCGAGUCCCGCAUCGGAACCCGUGCUCGACGCCCGCGAGAAGGCAUUAGUAUGGAAGCAAGAUCUGCGGAUUGUGCCGCUCUGUGCUGCAAUCUACCUUCUUUGCUAUUUAGAUCGGUCGAAUAUUGGAAAUGCGAAAAUCCUUAACGAAGACACGCACAAUGAUCUCCUCUCCGAGACAAAUAUGACCUCUUAUCAAUAUACGAUUGCCCUAAUGGUCUUCCUAAUUGCGUAUGCUCUAUUCGAAGUCCCUUCGAACUACUUCCUAAAAAGGCUCAACCCCAGCCGCUGGAUCGCCUUCCUCAUGCUCUCCUGGGGCGCCAUCACAAUGGGCCUCGGCGGUGCCCACACCUUCGCCCAAGUAACCGGCAUCCGCUUCCUGCUCGGCGUAAUGGAAGCAGGCCUCUUCCCAGGCUUCGUCUACUACCUAACGUUCUGGUACCGAAACUCCGAGCGCUCCAUCCGCGUGGCUCUGAUCCUCGCCUCGGCGACUCUGGCCGGCGCAUUCGGCGGCGCCAUCGCCUACGGCGUUGGCCACAUGAACGGCGCGCAGGGGCUAUCCGCCUGGCGGUGGCUAUUCAUCAUCGAGGGAGCCCCGUCGUGCGCGUCUGCGAUUCUAGUCUGGUUCUUUCUGCCAGAUUAUCCCGAGACGGCGCACUGGCUGAGUGCGGAGGAGAAGGCGCUUGCGGAGCAGAGGCUGGAGGGGGAAGGGUCGCAUGGAUCUGCGAAGGCGAUGUCGUGGGCGGAAGCGAGGGACGUGCUUGUUGAUUGGCGACUGUAUGCGCACUACGCGAUUUAUUUUGGCAUUUCGACGCCGUUUUCGAGUCUCUCGCUUUUUACGCCGGCGAUUACGGCGGGGUUGGGGUAUUCGAAUCUGAGGGCGCAGUUGAUGACGGUGCCGCCGUAUGCGGUUGCUUAUGUCGUGACAGUGGCGGUUGCGUGGUCGGCAGAUUAUUUUAAUAGCCGCGGGCUGCACUCCGCGAUAUUCUCGUUUGUCGGCGCAAUGGGGUUCUUGGCCUCGGCUGUUCUUCCGGCAGACGCAUACUUGCACCGCUACGGCUGCCUGAUUGUUGCAGCGAGCGGCUCCUUCGCCUGCAUCCCCCCUUUGCUCGGGUGGCUUUCCGCGAACCUCAGCUCCACGGCAGGCGCAGGGCUGGCCAUUGCAUUGAAUGUCUCAUUUGGGGCGCCGGGCCAGAUUGUUGGGGUGUGGAUCUAUAAAAGCGAUGAAGCGAAGAAGGGCUAUCCCACUGGCCACUGGACUAAUGCAGCCCUCCUACUGUUCGUCGCUGCAGGAUCCAUCCUCUUGCGGUUAUAUUAUGGGUGGAGAAAUAAACGUGGCAGUCGGGAUAGGAACGGUGCGAGUUUUGCUUAUUAG